CAAGAACAAAAAGGGAACCCAACAAGUUCAUGGACACGAUAGAACGCAAACUAACCCGAUGCCAAAGAAAAGCAUCCACUUCAACCCAAGUGCAAAAGAACAGUCAUCUUGCUCCCGCAUCACGCAAUAGCCAAUAGCCUGACAUGGUGUGUCCAGCUUUGCCUCUUUAAAAAUGGCGAGCUGCAAGCCAUUCUCUCGGCCUCACUCUACUGGUGAUCGAUAUAGUAACUGGUAGCAACGAAGCUGAAGCUAGCCACGAUGCUUGGCACCGUCUUGAUCCUCCUCCCAAUGCUGCUCUCGGUUUCUGUUAUCAAAGGCACCGACGCCGGCGGCAUCGGCGUCAACUAUGGCACGCGGGCGGCGACCCUCCCGCCACCAGCCGACGUCGUGCAAUUCCUGGCCCGCGACACGAUCGUCGACCGCGUCAGGCUCUUUGACGCGGACCCGCUCCUGCUGCGGGCCUUCGCCGACACCGGCCUCGCCGUGGACGUGACCGUGCCGAACGGCGUCGUCCCACGCCUUGCGAGCCUCGCGUUCGCGCGGCGAUGGGUGCGCGAAAACGUGGCGCCCUACGGGCGGGCCACCAACAUCUCGCGGGUCCUCGUGGGCCACGAGGUGACCACAGAGGCCAACCGGACGCUGCUCCUCAGCCUCGUGCCGGCCAUGCACAACAUGCACAGAGCGCUGGCCGCCGUGUCUUUGAACCGCCAGAUCAAGGUCUCCACCACGCACUCGCUCGGGGUCCUGGCCACGUCCGCGCCGCCAUCGGCCGGCCGGUUCCGCGACGGCUACGACGCGGCUACCAUUAAGCCGCUCCUAAGCUUCCUGCGCGCGACGGGCGCGCCGUUCAUGGUGAACGCGUACCCGUUCUACGGGCUCACCAACGACACCCUCGACUUCGCGCUGUUCCGGGUGAAUGUCGGCGCCAUGGACGACGGCUCCGGUCUGGUGUACAGCAACAUGCUGGACGCACAGCUCGACGCCGUGCACUCGGCGAUAAGGCGGCUGGGCUUUGGGGACGUUGACAUCGUUGUGGCCGAGACUGGGUGGCCGUCGGCCGGGGAGGACUGGGAGGUCGGCGUGGGUGCGGACCUCGCUCGGGACUACAACAAGAACGCCAUCCGGCACCUUGGGUCCGGCGUGGGCACCCCGCUCAUGCCGAACCGCACCUUUGAGGUGUCCAUCUUCUCCCUCUUCGACGAGAACCUCAAACCCGGGCCGGUGUCCGAGAGGAACUUCGGCCUGUUCCGCGCGGACAUGACGCCGGUCUACGACGUUGGCAUCCUCAUUGCUCCAGAGACCGUUGCCCCGGUGAGUGCGAAGGUGGCACCGGCGUCGGGCCCGACUGCCCGGCGAUGGUGCGUGCCGAAGCCGGCGGCGGACGAGAUGGUGCUGCAGGAGAACAUAGACUUCGUGUGCGGGCAAGAGGGCAUCGACUGCAGCGCCAUACGGCCGGGUGGCAUCUGCUAUGAGCCGGACACCGUGCAGGGCCACGCGGCGUACGCCAUGAACCUUUAUUUCCAAUCCAAUGGCCAGCACGCGUUCGACUGCGAUUUUGUUCAAACGGGAGUUGUUACUACUACUGAUCCCAGUUAUGGAGGCUGCAAAUUCAUCUGAACAAAGACCGAUCACGUAAGAAGCUUCUUAAGCUUUGUCUUUACCGUGUAUUGACUGAUGCACUUGUUAUAGCGGUAAAUUUCUGCAAAAAUAUAAGAAAAGGUUCAGAAUGUUCUGUUUGUCCAUGUUAGUAUAAACAAAGCUAUAUAAAGCCACAUGAGCACUGCAGCAGAUGAACCCAACACAAUGGAAGCCAUUUUUCUACAUAUGAGAGGAACAUUAGAUCAACUUAGCUGAAUACGCAAGGCUCUCUUUUAGUAACAAUGCACACAAAACAAAACAAUUCUACAAUAUAA